UUGGUAUUAUAGAAUGGAUGAAAGAUUCACUAGCUACCGACGAUGCUUCGGAAAUCAAAGUUUCGAUGUUUGAUUAUUCGAUUGAGAAUCAUUUUAGGUUUAUUGAUUCAAUCAACAAGCUUUGCGGUCGAGGUCAAAAUUCUAGUUUCAUUGAUACCAAAAUUCAACGCCUAGCAUCUACAAUCACUUACCUCAGUACGCCCUGCCAUACCUGGGAUGCUUUCCAACUGGCUCAUGCAUCAUUUAGUCUUUAUUGCAUUCGGAACAAUGUAGUGGUUCCCCGGAACAGCCAAAUGGCUGGUUGUAAUCUGGGGGGGGGGGCAUCUCUUCUUGGGGAGGCUCCCAUUGUUGAAGUUGCUUUGACCGAGGCUAAUGAUGGUGAUGAAGAAGAUGGCUCUGGGAGUAAUCUUUCUACAGUUAAAAUCCAUGACGAUGAAGUGAGUGUGAGAUUUUUGGUCUGUGGGGUGGCAUGCUCAUUGGAUGCAUAUUUGUUGGGAUGUUUGGAGGAUGGACUGAAUCCACUUUUGGGCAUAGAGAUGCGUGGGAGCAAGUUUCAGAACCGCUUCAGUGUCAGAAGAAUCUUUGCUGUUGACAAUGUUAUGAUCUGGUUUGCAAGGUAACUGUUAAGCUCGUGCUAGGUCUGGUACUGGCUGCCUAGCUGUGGUGUAGCUUCUUCUGGUUGCUGUUUUGCUUGUAGCUGCUGCUUGGGUUGCUAGUCGUGGUGUGGCUGUGCUGUCUCAUUCUUUGUUGCAGGCUUGGGUCAGUGGGAGCAGUCUGCAGUCUGCAGUCUGUUUUCUUUCUUCUAUUUAUCAAAGAUGUAGUGCUCUUUAAUGGAUGUAUGACACAAAUAUUGAAGAAAAUAUAUGUGUUUUAUGUAUAUUAUGAUUA